CGCGCCCCCAUUGGUCGGGCGGCGGACAUGUCUGGCCAAGUCAGAAUCAAACAACACCUCCGUCUUCUCCUUCCAAGUCGUUUAUGUGUAAUUGACGUCGCACCUCGGGGAAAAAAAGACGACUGGAAACAUGAAAGUUACCGAGUGGUCCGCUGUGGAGGAUGGACGGUAAAACACACCCCCAUGAGCUAAACCUUUCCCCACACAAACAGCUGAUUACUGUCUAAGGAUGCUGCCCUGUCAAGAAUGAAUGGAACACGUAGAGGAUGAAAGGUGGUAGCAGGAAUGCUAGAAGGCUGCUUGAACUAGUUGCUUUAGUUGUUGGGGAAGUGUAGCUAAAAGAGCAGCUUGUGCUCCAGUGCUGGCUCUUGUGUGUAUUCGUUUCUUUAAUUCUGACCCACUUCUGAUAAAAAUACUUGGCUAAUGGAGUACAACGAGAAAGUGCUGUGCGCGACAGGGGAGGUGGAGCUAGACCCCAACAUUGUGAGUGAAGAAGCAGGAAAACUGUAUUCAGAACUUCAGACAGUCAUUGAGACCCAUGGUGAAGCUGUGGUGGAGUCGCUGGUUCCCAUAUUUGUGUGGGUCUUAGAAGGGCUCGCCACCUGCAAAGCCCAGCUGCGUGACACGGAGGAGGAGGUGGAGAGGGAGAAAGCUGAGAGAGAAGAGCUGCUGGAGAAAUACCAAGCGGAGAAAUCCCUGAGGAAAGAAUGUCAAGAACGGUAUUUGGAGCUCGAUGACCAAACUGAACAGGAGAGGAGAGCCAUGAGGGGGAGAGAAAAGGAAAGGGAACGGCGAGAGACAGAGCUGGAGAAGAAAGCAAGAGCCCAAGCUGAUCAGGUGGUGGCCUUGGAGGAGCAAAAAGCAAACCUGAGCAGAGAACUGAGCACGCUGAAGCACACACACAGCAAGUUGUCCCACACAUACCGGGACCUUUUGGAAAAGAGAAAGGAUUCCGAAAGAGAUUCACCUUUGAGGAACCAUGCGCGUGUCAGGAAUGCCGACUUUCCAUCCAUUCAAAACUCAGAAUCCAGUAUUAAUGAAAAGCAGAUAAUUCAAAGACCACAUUCAAACUCCGGUCCCCCGUGUUUAGAAGCACUAGUAGUUAAGGAAGACAGGAUGAACAGUAAUGAAGAAAAGCCCACUGAAGACCAAUUUGUCAAUUACAUCAUAAGCUCCACUCCUGAACUGGCACAAUUUCAUGGUGUGGAAGCAAGCACCCCAGUUAGAUCGAGCACAGAGGAGCCACCAACAGAGGAGUCAAGUGCCAGCCUGGAGCAGGAGAUGACAGAGGAGAAGCAGGAGGAGGAGGAACACAACGUGGAAGAGAUGCAGAAAAAUGGCGAGGAAGAGCACGAGGUGGAGGAAGACGACAGUUUGGAGUGGGAGCUACGCAACACUGACUCCGUGUUCUCUGAACUGUCGGAGAUGAGUCGAGAUUACGUGGAGAGUGUAGAUCAGGGGGCCAGCAUCAGAGGCAGUACAGACCAGUUUGAGGAGAUUCUUUCUCAGUAUGAGGAACUGAAAGUCACCAAUGAGUUGGCAGAGGCUGCUCGUAAAGCAUUGAUAUCUCGGGUGGUAGAGCUCACUGACGACCGGGCAGCUCUGAACCUGGAAAUGGCCUCGCUGCAGGAAACCGUUUCACGGUUGGAGGGCCGCAUGAGGGAGAAGGAGGAGGAAACCAAGAGACUAAGGAAAGAACUAGAAGCUUGCCAAUCUGAGGAUUCUGACGCCUCUUUAACUACAUCCAUGCGCCACUUUUCUCGCUCUGAAAUGGCUCGUGUGGUUAUGGAAAAGAACCAGUAUAAACAGCGUCUCUUUGAGCUGCAGGAGGCCUUAAGACGCAGCCAAACACUCAGAGCAACUAAGGAAGUGAAGUUAACAGAGGAGAAACGCUCGGGUGUUUGGAGAAAGUUUAAUCGCUUCUUCGGCCUGUCAAAGGAAUCCUUCAUCCCACCUCCUGUUUCUGCAUUAGCCCUGCAAGGCUCUCCAUCACUCACUCGAUGUCCUCUGUCAUCUCCCCAAAUGCCAGUCGUCAGUCAGACUCCGGCUGAAUCAUCUGCUGCUGCUGCUGCUGCUGCUGCUCUCUCGCCUCGCGUCAGAAGAAAAGAACUCUACAGAGACAUCCGCUCGCACGUUUGGGGAACUCUGGGGAAACGGCAGCUACACGGCUGGAGCACACCUGUGGCGAACAAACAGUCUUCUGGUUCAAUGUCAUUACUGCAGGGGUCCCAGGAUCCUGUUUCAGAGCCCAAAGAUGUGCCUGUUCUUGUUCAUCUGAGACUGUUGGAUCAAAGAGACUCCACUGCUAAGCUGAACUGUGCCGUUGCUGUCACGCCUGAGGUCUCCGGAGAGGCCACAUGUUCUGUGUGGGUAGUUUCUGGGCCUGCCUCCAGCAGUGAUAUUACAGUGAUUGAUCCAGCACGGUCCAACACAGUACUGGAUCAGUUCAGCCUCCCACCCACAGCUCCUGCCCUCUGCAUCUGUGCAGUGCCUCCUGUAGCUGACACUGCAGGAACUGUGUGGAUUGGAACUCAGGAAGGAAGUAUUCUGGUGCACUCGGCCUCUGCUGGCAGGAGACGCUGUCUGCAGUCGGUUUCCCUGACAGAAGGUGUUCAUUCACUUACAUAUUCCCAGGGUCAAGUUCUGGCUGGACUAGCUGACGGGACCUUAGCCUUUUUCUCACACAGUUCAGGGGGCUGGAAUUUACAGUCCUAUGAAGUGAUGUCCCUGGGAUCCAACCCCUUGCAGCCCAUUCGUUGCUGCCUUGAAAAAAGUGGCCGCUUGUGGGUGGGGUAUUGGAACAAAGUCCAUGUGGUUGACCUUGAAAAUAAGAAAGUCGAGCAAAUGUUCUCAGUCUCCGAACGCAGUGAACAGCAGGUUCGUUUCCUGUGUGCUGGGGGAAGCGGUGUUUGGACAUCGUGCCGACUGGACCCAGUCCUCAGGCUGUUUGACUGGUCCACGGGUCGGCCACUACAGGAAGUUGAUUUCACUACUUUGGUCACUAAAACAUUAGGUCAAGCCUACUUGACACUCUCACCUCUCCAGAUCUCCUCUCUUGCAGUCAUCUCUGGCCGACUGUGGGUGGGCACUGGAGGUGGUGCCAUUUUUUCCAUCCCGUUAUCCAUAACAUCAGAAGCUGUUUCCAUCCCAUACUGCUCCAUUGCAUCAGCCCAGCUGUGCUACCAUGGACACAGACAAGCUGUCAGAUUUAUCAUUGCAGCACCUGGUUGUUUGAUGACGUCUCCCGGCAGCAGCACUCUUGCUACCUCUCAGCUCAUCCUCAGUGGAGGAGAGGGCUACAUCAACUUUCGAAUUGGAGAUGAUGCAAGUGAUGGAUCGGUGGAAUUGUCCCAGGCUUCACCUCCACGGUCUGAGCGCAGUCACAUGAUCAUCUGGCAGAAUCCCACCGCGUGUGUGCCCAGUCCUGCCUUCUGACAUCGUUCAGUCCUGGUGUGGUAUCAAAUAAUGAUAAAGCAGACGGAGACUUUGAACCAGCAAAGGUUGAGAGAACAUUGGUGCUUCCAUGGAGCUGAAGGAACGGUGGUCUGGGUGGCAGCAAUAAAAGUAUGCUCUCAAGAAAAAAACAAAACAUGAUAGCUCCUGUUUGAUGCUUGUUUACCUUGUGUAUUCUGUCUUUUGAGUGUAAUAUGUACUCGUCUGCAGUUGUGAUUAAGCAUCCAGCCCAUGAAUAGAACACACUUACUGUACUUUUGCAGUAACACUGGAUUGUUGAGUGUGGAAUCUUUCACUCUUUUUUUUAAACAUCCAAAGUUGUUGACAUCUCUGUUUCAUCUUCAUCUUUCAUCUCAUCAUAAUGGUGGCUGCUCUGUACAAGUGUUUUUUAAACUCUAAACUGGAAACGGAUGUUAUUGUUCUCAGUGUGAAGACAGUCUGACCUUUUAUCUGCCUUAUCUAUAUGCUGCAAUGAACUUGAGGAGAGUCUUGUGGUGUGCAUGCAAGUUGUCAUAUUUCUUGUUAAUUUCUACCCCCCUGCGCAUUGCAGGUGGUGUAAUUACAAAUAAUUUCAGAGUCUCAAAAUGUU